AUGACCAAUGCUUGCAUCACUGAUCUCUUUGCCUAUCAAGCCCGGAGGCGCGGUCCUUAUCCCGCUGUGCAUGCAUGGGACGGAGAGCUGAGUUAUGCUCAGCUUGAUGAAAUGUCAACCCAACUAGCGGCAUGGCUCAUCCAGAAUGACGUUGCAGGUCCGGGGCGCAUCGUCCCUCUUUGUUUUGACAAGACGAUGUGGACGACCAUCACCCUCUUAGCCGUCGCAAAGGCAGGAGGUAUCUUCAUAAUGUUGGACCCUCAUCAGCCUUUUGGUCGCUUGAAGAGUAUCACUCAGCAGAUUCAAUCAAACAUAAUUCUUGCGCGGCAUGAUACGGCCAAGCUGGCUCGGUCCUUGGCUGAAAGUGCCAUAAUUGUGGAUGAAGACCUUCUACAACCUAACGAUGAUAUCUCGUCCGUCGAUAUCCCGGCCUUAUGCGACAAAAUUUCUCCUUCUGACUGGCUAUACAUCGUUUUCACGUCUGGUAGCACCGGAACUCCUAAAGGCGUCACCAUCUCGCAUGCAAAUCUCUGCACUGGAGUUGGACACCAGGCGAGAGCGCUAGGUUUCGAUACUGGAGUUCGUACUUUUGACUCUUCAUCUUACAGCUUCGACGCCUAUGUCUUUAACACAUUUCAUACUCUCCUAACCGGUGGGUGUCUGUGUGUCCCAUCAGAUUAUGACCGCAUCAACAACUUGCAAUCGGUACUGCAAUCAAUGGAGGUCGAGUUUGUGCAGCUCACCCCUUCUACCUCACGCCUUCUAGACCCGAGCAAGCUCCCGCGUCUAAACACGCUCUUCCUGACAGGAGAGAAGAUUAACCGCAACGUACUUGAGCCAUGGUUAGAAACCGAGGGCCGGGUGCGCGUCAUCAACGCUUACGGCCCAUCGGAGUGCACAAUCAUGUGCGCGGCGAACCGCAAUAUCAACUGUAUUAAAGACGCCGAGAGUGUUGGAUUCGCACUUGGUGCCAAUAUUUGGAUUGCCGAUGUUCACAACAUCCAUCGUUUGGCACCAGUGGGCGCAGUCGGCGAGCUGCUUAUUGAUGGUCCUAUUAUCGGCCAAGGCUAUUUCAGGGAUGAGAGCAAGACCCAAGAAUCGCUUGUCAAUGUACCCGGUGGUUAUUUACCAGGUAUCGCGUUAGCCCCGGAGAUUCCAAUCUUUCGUACGCGGGAUCUGGCGAGGUAUAAUGCAGAUGGAUCGGUCUCAUUCAUUGGCCGUGCCGAUACGCAAAUCAAGAUCAACGGGCAGCGCGUCGAAAUUGGCGAGGUCGAAUAUCACGUUGGUCUAUGUCUCCCAGAAGGAGUCGAUGUCAUCGCAGAAACCGUGGAGUGGCCAUCGGGUCAGAAACAACUGCUCGCAUUUAUCUAUUUGAGACAACACAAGGAACUACAGCUUGCGCAGUUGAUCACCAAACUGGAUGAUAGAUUAUCAGACCGAUUGCCUCAAUCCAUGAUCCCAUCCGCAUACUUCCCCCUGCGUACGGUUCCAAUGACGGCGACCGGCAAGACAGAUCGCAAGGCCCUUCGGCGAAUGGCACUGUUGGCACCCGAUCAGCUACUGAACAUGCACGCCCUACCGGGAGCUGGUUGCACGUUGCCAGCGCAAGAUGCAGAUCGAUCUAUGAAUUCUGUGGAAAUGAAACUAAAAUUGCUAUGGGAGGAGGUGCUGACCAUGAAUAAUGAUGCACACCUCCGUCCCAGUGAUAAUUUCUUUGCUCGAGGAGGUGAUUCUCUAGCAGCAAUGAGACUUGUCUCUGCCUUGCGCCGAGAAGGAUACAGUAAUAUCAAUGUCGCAGACAUUUUUCAACAUCCACGUCUUUUCGAUAUGGCAUUAAUGAUGGAAAGGGGCUUUGGACAGUCCCCAGCUGUGCAAGAUGCGACGCCGCCACCAUCACGUCCAUUUUCUAUGCUACUCGGAGACACUCCCAGCGAGAAGUUGGUCGAUUUAGCUCGUGAAAAGAUCUCUAAGAUCUGCAAAUGCGAGGCGGUCGAGAUCGAAGACAUUUUCCCGUGCUCGGCCAUUCAGGAGGAGAUGGUCAUCUUGGGGGCUCGUAACCCGGAAGACUUCGUCACCCAGACCGUCUUCCAUUUGCCCCCAGGUGUUGAUCUAUCUCGAUUCCGACGUGCUUGGGAGAAUGUCACACGCUUGGUUCCCAUCAUUCGUACUCGCAUUGUGGAUACGAAAGUGGCCAUCACUGAUAUUGCGGUCGACUAUGAUCAUGCCUUCUCCCAGGUCAUCGUCAGUGGCAACGUGCCGUGGACUGAAUACUCCGACCUUGACAAGUGCUUGCAAGCCGAGAGAGGAAAUGGCAUGGGACUGGGAGAGCCUUUGAUGCGACUCGGGAUUGUCGGGAAAACCAGCUCUCAGGAACAGCAGUCCUCACGCCUUCAGGCAGUUCUGACCAUGCAUCAUGCUGUCUAUGAUGGCUGGUCUAUGGAUCUCCUAGGCAAGGGCAUAGCCCGAGAGUACUAUGGCUGUGGAGAUUCAAAGGCCUCAGGCGAUACUAUACUCCCAUAUCGAAACUUCAUUCAACAUUUGGACAUCUUGGACCCUAACGUGGCCUCGCGCUUCUGGACUCGAUAUCUGAAGGACAUUCAUCUGCGCCCGUUUCCAACUCUUCCAGUACCAAAUUACAGGCCAAAUGCCACAGCUUUGCACGGCCACGUUGUAUCUGGAAUUGAAUGGACUAAGGCUACAGGCAUCACCGCGAACACCAUCGUACAAACUGCCUGGGGAAUGGUAUUGUCCAAGCACUCCCGUGCUAGCGAGGUGGUCUUUGGAGCGACGCUACUAGGCCGUCAGAUCCCCUUGGCUGGAAUCGAGCGAAUCGGAGGGCCGAUCAUUGCAACAGUCCCCAUGCGAGUUGUCGUAGACUGGGACGGACAGAGUGCGCUUGAUAUUCUCCAGCACAUGCAGGACCAGGCCGCGGAGAUGAUCCCAUUCGUCCAUCAUGGUAUCAAGCGCAUUCGUCAAUUGGGUUAUGACAUGCAGCGGGCCUGUCAAUUCCAGACUUUCCUUGUUGUCCAGCCAGUGUCUCAGCAGGAGGUUCGAUCCACAGAAAAAGCCCUGUUUGAUCUGGGUGAUAGUCGAGACGAUAUCCAAGCCUUCAACACAUAUGCCAUCAUGGUUGAUUGUGGACUCGCUCGGGAUGGUUUCCGUCUCCGUGCGAGCUUUGAUGAGACAGUUCUCGGACAGGACAAGGUCCAACAGAUGCUGUGCGAUAUGGAGCAUGUUGUUAGGUCUCUCAUAUCCGAGGCUGAGAAGCCCAACAAGCUGCGGGAAAUGGGAAUCUUGACGGAUGAGGAACAUACUCAGAUCGUCAGCUUCAAUCAGAAGGGACAGAGUUUGCAGAUGAUUGAGAUUGAAUCAUGCAUCAAACAAUCUCUUCCGGAACAAAUAAUAGAUGCCACGGUUGAUGUUGUCGAGCUCCCAACUCUCUCGAAGCAGCUGAUGGCAUUUGUCUGUCUUGCACAAGGUGAAGACAGAUCUCCUCAAUCCGACACAGUCCUCUCUAAUAUUAUGCAAUUACUGGAUGAAAAGCUUCCUUCUCACAUGACACCCUCCUAUUUUCUUCCACUCUCUAAAAUGCCAAGGUUAGAAUCAGGGGGUGUUGACCGUGAGGAACUGAGGCAAAUCGCACUACAGACACCCACAGACAAACUAGUGAAUCGCUCGACUACGAUAUCGCUUGUGACAAGCAACAAUGAUCCCCCAAGAACGCAGCUUGAGAUUCUCCUUCAAGGCCUGUGGGCAUCCACCUUGGGGGUGGAAAAGUCCUUGAUCAAUAGAAACACUUCCUUCCUCGCCUUCGGAGGCGACUCUUUAAAAGCUAUGCAACUUGUCACAGCCACCAGGGAGGAAGGAUAUACGCUUUCAGUUGCCAAAGUUCUACGCACCCCUCGCCUGUCAGAUAUGGCUGCAAAAUCCCUGAAGCCACUGGCAGGAACACCGUCUUCGCUCACAGAUACUGUCAAACCAUUCUCACUGCUUGGGCAGAAUGUGACCAGAGAAUCUCUUGCAAAAGCCUGCAAUCUUCGGCCAGAAGACAUUGAAGAUGCGUAUCCGUGCUCACCGAUCCAGGAUAUGAUGUUGGUACAUACUGCUCGGCGGGCUGGCGAGUUUGUCUCACGCGGCUAUAUUCAUCUUCCCGCCGACGUUGAUAUUGCGCGACUAAAAGCAGCGUGGUUUGAGGUAAUUGCUGCGAAUCCAAUCCUCCGCACACGCAUCGUGGAAUUUGCAGGUCAGGGGCUUUUGCAGGUUGUGACAAAGUCUUCUCCUGUAUGGGUGGAGCAUGAUACCCUAGAGGAGGUACAGCAACUUCCUGUCGGUCUAGGAAAGCACUUGCUCUGGUUCGCACUUGUGAGAUCUCAAGCUGAUCUUGCGAUGGCCGAUUCUGAUGAUACCUUUAAGAUUGCUGGAAAGACUUCUGAAAAGAGAUCCUCAAACGCCACUCUAGUCAUGACUAUCCACCAUGCAAUCUAUGAUCGAUGGUCUGCUUCGCUCAUCAUGAAGAUGGUUGAAUCUAUAUACCGCGGACAAUCCCCAACGCCCAAUCUGCUGCUUCCAUACAACCAGUUCAUCCAACACCUUGCAAAGAACGUCCAUACAGAAGAAUGUCAACAAUUUUGGGAGAAAUAUUUGGCAGAUUGCAACGUCCCACAGUUCCCUGUUCUACCAAAUCCUCAAUACCGGCCAACAACCACAGGCAUCCGGAAGCGGAGACUUGAUUCCAUCGCAUGGCCCACGGACUUUACUCCGGCGACGGCAUUGAAAGCGAGCUGGGCGAUCUUGGUCUCUCAAUUCUGCAAUUCUGGUGAUGUUGUCUUUGGAUCCACUGUCAUGGGUAGACAAGCACCUCUUGCUGGAGUCGAGCGUAUCGCCGGUCCAACUAUUGCCACCGUCCCAAUUCGAGUGAAGAUAGACUGGAGCUCGGCGGGACCGCAAACUCUGCUUCAAAAUGUACAGUCAGAUGCGACUGACAUGAUUCCAUUCGAGCAUUAUGGUAUUGGUCGUAUACAACGACUUAAUCCAAUUGCUCAACAGGCUUGUCAAUUCCAGUCUUUGCUUGUCAUUCAGCCACCAGAGGAUGUUGGCUCUGAUGAAAACACCAUCCUCAGGCUGCAACUCGGAGAUGACGAUCUGAAAGGAGGGACAUACUCUCUUGUCUUGGAGUGUGUCUUGGAUGAUCCUUCCUCUUCCUCUUCAGCGGGCGGUGUCUCGGUGCAUUUGAGUUUUGACGAGCAUGUCGUUGACCUCGACCAAGCAGAAAGAAUGCUAGUUCAGUUCGAACAUGUCCUCCAAGAGGUCUGCAAGCCUAAUGAGGCCAUGGAUGAAAGGUUGCUGUCGCAGCUGGAUUUGCUGUCGCAUGUUGACAGACAGCAAAUCUCGUCAUGGAAUGCCACAGUCCCACCGAAUAUUAAUCGCCGGGUGGAUCACUUGAUCGCUGAGCGUAUAGAAGCCUAUCCAGAUGCACCAGCAAUCUGUGCCUGGGACGGGGAGCUGACAUACCGUCAAUUCUACGACAAGGCCCGCCUUCUAGCCUACUGGCUCGUCGUUGACCAAGGCAUCGGGCCUGAAGUAGCAGUUCCUAUCUGCUGUGCGAAGAGCGUCUGGACACCUGUGGCAAUGCUGGCCGUUAUCAUAGCGGGUGGAUAUGUGGUCACAAUGGAUCCGUCGCAAGCAGUAGACCGUCUACGCUCCAUUACUUCGCAGCUCAGCCCACGGCUGGUUCUUGCGUCUGAAACGACGAGGACCAUUGCCGAGCAGUUGUCUGGAGCCGCCGUGCAUGUCGUUAAUGAACGGCUGUUACAGGGCAUCAUGGGACCUGACCUUGCCAAGGAUGACUCUUGGAUCCCCAUUAUUUCACCCGACAAUGCUGUCUACGUGACAUUCACGUCCGGCAGUACCGGAACGCCUAAGGGAGCUGUCAUCACACACGCCAAUGCUUGCAGCGCGAUGGCCUACGUCGAUCCCUUCAAUGGAUUCGACAAGACAACCCGUGUCCUGGAUCUGUCAUCAUACAGCUUUGAUAUGAUCUGGUACGAAUUUCUUCACACGUUCUAUGCCGGCGGAUGCCUUUGCGUUCCAUCCGAUGAUCAACGCCGGAACAAUAUCGUCGGCGCUAUCCACGACCUGCGCGUCAACUGUCUUGACAUGACGCCUUCUUUGGCCCGGACUCUGGAUCCGACUUCCCUCCCCAUGAUCAGAAAGAUUGUGCUUGGGGGUGAAGCCGUCCAAAUGGAUGACGUUACCAGAUGGGGACUGGACGUGGAGAUCCGCAAUUCAUAUGGUCCAUCCGAGUGCACGGUGUCCAGUACAGUCUCCCGCUAUGGAACGGACUUUACGACCAGUGUCAACAUUGGCCCUCCACGGGGAUUGAAUGCUUGGGUCGUCAGCUGCCAUCAACCGGACCAGCUGGUGCCUAUCGGUGCAGUUGGCGAGCUUGUCCUCGAAGGUCCGCUGGUGGGACGAGGAUACAUCAACAGUCCCGAUAAAACAGCCGCCGCGUUCAUUACGUCUCCCGCAUGGCUCCGGUGCGGAGGAGAAGCACUUGUCUCACGCUCAGAGGGUAGAUUCUACCGGACGGGCGACUUGGUGAGAUCCGACAAUGAAGGGAGAUUGACUUAUAUGGGCCGCAUUGAUACUCAAGUCAAGCUUCGUGGACAGCGUGUGGAGCUCGAAGAAGUCGAGUACCAUGUUCGAAAGGUUCUUCCAACUCCUUCAUACGCAGUUGCAGCUGAAGUAGUCGAGAUAUCGAGCUUGCAAGACUUGGCUCACAAGGCCCAGCGAUUAGUCGUAUUCGUCUCGCCCACUGAUUCAAGCGACAGCAACAAGAGCCUUUCUUUAGAAGAGCCUGUUCCGUUAUCUCCGGAGAUAGCCCAUGGCUUGACCCGGAAACUAACACAAAUUCUUCCUCUCUACAUGAUACCGACCGCUUUUAUGGUACUGCAGCAACUCCCUUUGUCGUCUGCAGGAAAGAUCAACCGCAAGAAAUUGCAAGAGAUUGGUGCACGCGCCCACCUGGAUACUAUCCACCAGAGAGGACCAGUGGAAGAGCCCAGAACAGACCAAGAGAGGGCCCUCAGGAAGCUGUGGUCAGGUGUGCUCAACAUAUCACCGGACUUGAUCAGCCGUCAAGAUAGCUUCCUUGAACUUGGAGGCGAUUCGAUCACUGCGAUCCGUCUUGUUGGGGCUGCACGAGCGAAUGAUCUGCCCCUUUCGGUCUCUGUCAUCUUCCAACAUCCGAUUCUCGAACGAAUGGCAAACAAGGUUACCACUGCGAACGGUAUUUCGAGGGCCAAUGGACAUGUCUCUGUCUCUGAGUCUGCAAUCAAAUUGCUCCCGAACAUCGCCGAGGUUGCAAAGAAGAUAGGAAUCACGGAAAACUCGGUUGUAGAAAUCCUCCCCGUCACAGAAUUCCAGCGCUAUGCCGUUCACUGCGCCUUCCAAAAGCCUCGUACAGAGUGGAACUACUUCACGAUGUCUUUCAAAGAUGCGUCUGCUGCUACUAAGCUGAGUGGUGUCUGCAAAAAGCUUGUCUCGUCACUUGAGAUUCUCAGGGCCGUGUUUAUGCCUUGGGACUAUGACGGCGAGUUUAUCCAAAUCAUCUUGCACAAUUCAGAACCCAAUAUCAACAUCCAUCACGCUCGAGACAGGUCUUUUGACCAAGCAAUUGAGGAAGUGUGCAUGAACGAUCUGCAGAGAGACAUUCAACCCAGCUCGAGCUUCGUGAACUUCGUCAUCUUACAGUCAGAGGAUAGUGAAGAGACUCGACUGCUGAUGGGAAUCUCCCACGCUCUUUACGAUGCAAUUAGUCUUCCUCGGAUGGCAGAGUACAUCAGUUCACUGUAUCAUGGCCAUCCAGUGCCUCCUGUGUCUGACUUCUCGCCCUUUGUUCGAGUCCACCCAUCUCCCUCUGCGUUCAAUCACUGGCGUACACUGCUACAGGGCGCCUCGAUCCCCGUCUCCGUCAUUGGUGACCCAAAGACAGUACAGAAACCAGGGAGGCGUAGCGAACUACGCAAGCUUGUAGACUUCUCACAUUCUUCGAAAGAGUUGACGGUCGCAACUAUCUUCACAGCCGCAUGGGGCAUCGCUCUAGCUCAGACAACUGGCAAAAAUGACAUCGUUUUCGGCCGCGGCGUUUCAGGACGCACAAUUUCUUCCCCUGACAUAGACAUUGAGAAUGUCAUUGGCCCAUGUCUGAACCUUGCUCCCGUGAGGAUUAGAAUUCCUUCGACAGGCCUGGGUGUAGCACCCACGACAACAGAUGCAAAAGAUAUCAUCGAUUCCCUUCAGUCUCAGUUCAACGACUCGAUUGAUCACGAAACAGUCGGGUUGUCUGAGAUUAUAAAGCAUUGUACAGACUGGCCUUCUGGGGUGAGAUCAUUUGGCGCGGUCAUCUACUUUCAAAAUAUCAGGGAACAGUCACACACAAGUCAUGCCAGUCAGCUACAGCCAGUUAAGCUGGAUCGUCCAGAUCCCCCAGAGCCGGCGCGGCUCAAUGUGUUGCCUCUCGGAGGUGACCAGUAUACACUGGAACUUUUGGUCCCAGAGGCAGAAGCGACUGAAACAGAGAUCUGGUCUGAGCUACUCGAGCGGAUGGCGCAAUGGCUGAACCAUACCCGGGAAUCGCUGAAUAGAACAAAGUAG